CCAAAUACUUAAAACUUCUCUACGCUUAAUCGUUCGUAUCUUGGCUGCGUCGGCACAUAAUCGAUGCACGUCUCUAGACUGUGCUCCUGUUACGCACCAUCAAGCUCGAACAAAGGAACUCCAGGAGACAAAAGCCGCAACAGAUCAUACAACAAAAAACAUCAACAUGUGAUCAUCAAGGACGAUGAACAUGUUCAUCGAGGGAAGAUCAACGGUGUUAGCAGCGAGAGCAGAAGCAAGAUGUAUGGAACCGAUCACAAAGGAAUAGGAAUACCGAUCAAGACUAAUUUCAAAAAAACUUUAGCACAAGAAGAUGCUAAUCGAAUUAGUUCGGGAAUAAGAAAAGUUACAUGGUCUGAUGCGUAUGGCAAAAGUAUCGCUCAUGUUCAAGAAUUCGAGCCCAGUGUGUCUGAUGACGGCGAGCUAGGGGGCGUACGCAAUUCAUGUGUAUGUACUAUACUUUAACUAGGGUGUUUGUUGACUUUUUUCAAGUCAAAGCAGAUUUCUAAACAGUAAACUCCAAUUGUGUAUGCUCCAUUGACAAUAUAUGUUCUUGACCUUUUGCAAGUCAACAAAGUUGUGGAAGCAUAAGCAUUGACCACAAAGUCAAACAAAAUAACUCCACAACAGUUUUUGACCUUUUGCAAGUCAACAGUUGUGUAUACUACUAUACUCCGUUGACUUCUCGUGCAAUCAG